AAUACAGUGUCGCUGUGUGGACUUUUUCAAUAUACUGCGAAUUUCGAAUAGCUUUGCGGAAUAUAACUCGUAUUAUUUACUAUUGCGCUCAUAUCGUCUACUUUUUAUGUUUUGACGUUCGUGUUUUGUUCAGUCAUUUGAGGCAGGUAUAAACGUUUACGAUGCUCCUCUGUGAAUAGAAAAUGGUCAUGUUUUAUAAUGGAUAAUUACGAAAUACUUGGGCUAAUAGGUGAAGGAUCUUUUGGAAGAGUAUUUAAAGCCAAAAUUCGAUCUAAUGAUCGUAUUGUUGCAUUGAAAGUUAUAACGAAGAAAGGGAGAUCGGAUAAAGAGCUAAGAGGUUUAAGACAAGAAUGUGAAAUUCAAAGGCAUUUAAAUCAUCCAAAUAUCAUUCAUAUGUUGGACUCUUUUGAAACGGAAAAUCAGAUAGUAGUUGUAACAGAGUUUGCUGACAAAGAACUGUAUGAAAUUUUGGGCACUGAAUGUUAUUUGCCUGAAGAACAAGUUAGAAAAAUAGCUUGUGAUUUAGUUUCAGCAUUAUAUUAUUUACAUUCACACAGAGUUCUUCACAGAGAUUUAAAACCCCAGAAUAUCUUAAUGGGAGCAAAUGGUGUGGCUAAACUCUGUGAUUUUGGAUUUGCUCGAAGUAUGAGUGCAGGAACACAUGUUUUAACAUCAAUAAAAGGAACUCCUUUGUACAUGGCACCAGAGCUUAUUGAAGAGAACCCCUAUGAUCACAAUGCAGAUCUUUGGUCCCUGGGAUGCAUUAUUUAUGAAUUAAUAGUAGGAACUCCUCCUUUUUCUACAACAUCAAUUUUACAUUUAGUUAGAAUGAUUAGUCAUGAACCAGUGAAAUGGCCAGAUUUUGUUUCACCAGAAUGUACCAGUUUCAUUCAGGGCUUAUUAGAAAAGAAUCCAAAUGAGAGAUUAACUUGGCCAGAUUUACUUCAUCAUCCUUUUGUAAAAGAUGGGAUUUUUUUGCCAGAAGGAGAAAGUGGAUUUAUUCCUGGUAUUGAACCAUCUCUGACAAAUCCUUUGACCGCUUCUCAGGCUAAAGCCAAAGAGCUGCAAAAACAAGAUCUUGCCAGUCGAACAUCUGGCCACAAGUUUAUGACUCGAGUUGUGCAAAAAAUGGAGCAGCUGGGGCAUAAAGGAAAGGUGUUUCAAAACAAGAACAAAAAAGGCAGCGGCACUUUAUCAAAAACAUCAAUACAAGUCCAAGCAGGAGAUUACUUAUCUGAAAGUGAGCCAUCAGGGGCCGUAGCGCACCAUGCCCAUCAACCUUCUGCUAAUCCCAUACGUCUGUGUCGGAGUAUUGUGGAGUGCACCAGCCGACCAUUGCACAGCCUAGAUUUACUGUACAGAAAAGAAGAACAUCAGCAAAGUUUCAACUUCAGCCAUGAAUCUCUAAACACUCCUUGUGGUUCGAUGAGUGCAAAUGGUAGAAGUACUGCAGCUGCGGACAGAGACUUUGAAACAAGCAGUAGAGACCUGGGUUGUGGAGAUGCUCCUAUCAUGAAUGGUUUAGUAAAAUGUCAUGAUUUGUCAGAUGAUGAAAAGAGUGAUGGAAGGAACCAGGGAGUGGAAGAAUUGUGUGAAAUUACAAAUAGUUUAAAUUUAGCAGCGGGUGAUGCUGGUUAUUUGAGACAGGUACCACCGAAUACUGCUCAAAACAAAAAUGCUGUGGAAGUUUCAUCCCAAGAAUCUAGCAUGCUGAUAAGGAGUCGUGUGAGUGUAGACUACAGUCAGGAGUUUCCUGAUAUUGAAGUAGAAGCUGGUCAAGUAUUGAGAAGAGAUGCUGUCAAAGGUGUGCCACACAGUAAAGACAUUUUCACCUUGCGUUGCUGGGAGUCCAUGGAGACUCCUCAGCCAAUAGAAAAUGAUGAAUGGGUGAUGGAAGGUGAUGUGGAGUGUAUGCUACAGCAGAGCUUUAUUGGGAUGGUGGUGGCACCUCUAAGGAACCCGUAUGCAAACUGCCGUGUAGUGGAGUAUAUAGCUUGCCUACUAUCUCUUCCUCUGGUAGUAGAAAGCAUUACAGAAGAUGAAACAGAAAUGUUAAUGCAAGUGUAUUUAGAAGUGAAAAUAGUCCCUAAUCUUGUAUAUGCAUCAAAAAUUUUGGCUCAAACAAAGCCCACAUCAUUGACUUCAGGAGGAGAAAUGCUUAAUACUCCAAUUAGGCCAAUGGCAGAUUUAAGUGCAGAUGAGUUGCAAGCACUGGAAUCAGUUUAUCUUUUGCUUUGCAAUUUGCUGCAAUCACAAGAGGAAUUUGUAGCUCAGUUUUGUGAUGCCAUUAUUAUCUUUAAUGUUCCCUUUCUUGUACAACAGUUUUUCUUAUUGUCUCGAAGAAAAGUAAGAAUAGUUACAGACAUAUUGGCAAUCCUCUGCCGCAUUCUUAUGGUAUUACCAGAAAAUGGUUAUAUAGUGGAGCAGAUUGUUCUCGGAAAGAAUAUGCCAGGAAAUACUGCUGUUGAUGUGCCAGUAAUGUUGACUCACAACAACCCAACAGUACGAUCACGAGUUUGCCGAUUGUUGCAGUUGUUAGGCUAUCGAUGUUGUAGCAGUCUGGAUCAAAGCUGGAGUCGCAGAAUGAGAGAAAAUUUAGAAACAUUGAUGUUUGAUUCAAAUGACUCAGUGCGUGAGGCAGCUCAACAGGCAGUAGGAACUUUGAAGCAAUUUCCAUUUUAUGGUUGUGAUUCAUGAUAUUUCAAUAAUUGUUUUGUCACUAGUACAUAAGGCAUAUUAAUUUAUUUGUACAAAGUUUCAAAUACAACUAUUAAUUAUUAUUGUACAGAUGUUACAUAUAUGAAUAUAUAAUUAUUUAUUUAUUUAUUACUCUGUUUUUUGUAUCAAAAAGACUGAAAUACAAUUUCAAAUAUUUUUGUAUUUUGCC